AUGCAAAAUACUAUUGCAAAGACUAAACAAGAACCUAGUAAACAAGUGAAAGACAAAGAUGGCUUAGAAGAUGAGUUAGAAAACUUAAUCAAUAGUUACCUGAAGACUCUAAAGACCUGA